AUGGUGCUGUUGCCACCCCAGGAUUCAAGGGUUCCGCCAGUCCAAGCUACAACAGCAUUGAUGUCUGCCCUGAGCGAUGCAGUGCUUCUGGGGCCGAACACCGGAAAGUGGUCCGUGUAUCCCGACUUCAAGAAGUUUAAAGGAUGCAAAGAUAUCAUGUUUUGCGGCUUCUCUCUAUUUGAUCCCGUUGACGACCAGGAUAUGAAUCCCGAGAUUCAUGCUUGCUCGUCUUUCGGUCCUGAUAUUUUUCAGAUCUCCGCUUCGCGGGUUGCGUCUGGAAAAUCUGUUGAUGUUGAGUUCGAGGUGGGCUGGUGGGAGGACGGGUUUGGGCUUGCAGUUUCGGGGCUGCGCUCUCUCAUCAAGCAGGUUCGUCAGUACGUUGAGAAGAGCGAUGAAGCCACAGAUCGCCCCUUCAUCAUCUACGGCAAGUCGGGUCAGGCUACUAUCGGUCUCUAUAUUGGCCAGGGUCUGCUGAACCAAGGCCUUUCCCAGUCCGCUUUGAAGCUCUUCCAAGAUAACAUAGACAAUAUUACCUUCUCUAACCCGAGUUUGGCCAUGCAACUCUGUGAGGAGAACUGCGACAAAACCCACAUCUUCGGGAUAAUUUUGACAAGUGAAAGGAAGCAGCAAUAA